AGGUGUCUCCUGAAUUCUCACUAUGUCUGAUGGGGACUAUGAUUACCUCAUAAAAUUUCUAGCACUUGGUGAUUCUGGAGUAGGAAAGACCAGCCUUCUUUACCAAUAUACAGAUGGCAAAUUUAAUUCCAAAUUUAUCACAACAGUGGGCAUUGACUUUCGGGAAAAGAGAGUGGUGUAUAGACCUAAUGGGCCAGAUGGCGUUGGUGGUCGAGGACAGAGGAUACAUCUUCAGCUCUGGGAUACUGCAGGGCAGGAAAGGUUUCGUAGCUUGACAACAGCUUUCUUCAGAGAUGCCAUGGGGUUUCUGCUACUCUUUGAUUUGACAAAUGAGCAAAGCUUUCUGAAUGUCAGGAACUGGAUAAGUCAGCUACAAAUGCAUGCAUAUUGUGAAAACCCUGACAUUGUAUUAUGCGGAAACAAGAGCGAUCUGGAAGACCAAAGAAUGGUGAAAGAAGAAGAGGCUAAGGAACUUGCGGAAAAAUAUGGGAUACCGUAUUUUGAAACCAGUGCAGCUAAUGGAAAUAAUGUAAGCAAAGCCAUUGAAACUCUGCUUGACCUCAUUAUGAAGCGCAUGGAACGGUGUGUGGAUAAAUCCUGGAUCCCAGAAGGGGUAGUGCGCUCCAAUGGGCACAGCUCUACAGAACAGCUGAAUGAGGAGCAAGAAAAAGGCAAAUGUGGCUGUUAACUCAGUUACGGUUAAGUGUAAGGUAUAUGCUAAAGUAUAGUACAGUUGCAGCUUAACUGUUUAACUUAUGGGCAAAUCACAUUGUGUAGUUAUUUAAUGAACUGUAUUAAUUCUUGAUGCUAAUUUUUGUUCUUUUCCUUUCAAACAACAUUGACCUUUGCUUGUAAGGUAUGCAGUUUAUUAGUGAUGGGACAGAGGUUUAAUUUGGUAUAGCACUGGAUAUCCCUCUAAUUCUCUACUUUGGAGGGGAGGGAGGGGAAGGAAAGGAAGUUUCAUUACCACAUUUAGAAACAUGCCUAUGGGCAAUGAGAAAGGGUAGGCUUCUUGAAUUGAAGGAUUUUCAAUUGCCUGUUGAAGCCUCCAUUAACUACACAAACUAGGCUUUUAGAUUAGAUGUUGUGACAGCUCUUCAUCUCUACUAACAGGAAGCUGACCAAUAUGAUUCUUGGUUUUUAACAGAAACAUUUAAUCAUUU